AUCACUUCAGUACUAAAAACUCGUCCCCCCACUUCCUCUCCAAGCAACGGAGAAUGAAGGUUGCUCCCAAGGUAAUAUUCCUAAUCAGAGACGCUGAUGGCUUCGGCACGGUAAUCUCAGACGCUCUCCAACCAAACCCUAACUCCUCCCUUCGAAGAUUAGAAGAAUCGUUCGAGCUGUCUCUUCAGGAACGCUACGGGAUCAAAGAUCACAAGGCUUCCGGCAACAUCGUUCAUUUUGUCGAUGAGAAAGGCCUUUAUGAGGUGUCUCUGUUGCUUCUUCAAAAUUAUGAACCUCCAAUUUUGGCUUGUGUUGUUAAUGAGGUUCUGGCGUCAAUAACAGGGGAAGAUUCAUCAACCAUGCCCACAGUAGUGUUCCCAUUCAUUGUGGCAGCAUCAAAGCUAAAGUGGGAAGGUAAAAGUUCAUUGACGAACAACAAAGUUUCACUAUAUGGCAUACAAAUAGGUCCAGAAACGGAUGUAACACGGGUCAUGUUAGCCAAAACACAAAAGCCACCAUCGACGCUGCAGAUUCAUCACGAAUCAGUGGCCUGCUGUCUUCAGUUGAUCCGUGUCUUGAAGCUGCCAACUUUUUUCCUCAUCGGGCAAUGUGGUCGACACACAUCUAGUAAAGCUUUAGCAGAAGAGCUUGAGGUGAUCUAUGAGAUGGGAGACCUUCUGUCAAGCAUCUCUUGCUUAAGCUUUUUGAGAGAGAGGAUAACGUGGAACCCAGUAAAAACAUCGAGGGACAGUGAGGAGCCAUGGCGUGCAUUAUAUGGUUGAAUCUAAGAUGUUCGUGUGGUUUAGAUGCUGAAAUUGGGCUUAUCAUUUAUUGCAUCUGCUAAAGAACUUUAUAUGUUGCUACCCAGAUCUACAGACCAUGGCAAGGGAGGGAAAAUGACGCUUAGGUAGGACUGAAAAGUCCAACUGAAAAGUCCAACUCCUUGCUUAUUGAAUUUUAUUUUCCUUAGAAGCAGCAAACUACAUUGUAUUGUGUUUUUGGAAACUUUGCAUAAACUUAUUUUUGCAAUGUACUGGUUCUUACUUAUGUGACACACCUUGCCAUUAAUUCCUUUA